GCUCUUCUGCAUCAUAUGCAUCUUGUGACGAUUUCUUCUCGGUUCUCUCCGAUAUAGGGAUAUUCUACCAACUUUUGAAAGACCAUGUCUCGGACAGUUUUUCUUACUCUCUUCUUUGCAGCCAGCUCUAUAUUGUGCGUCAAUAAUGCGCCUAGUAUUGAGUCCUACAGCUACCAAAUCAUAACGGGACCUCUUUUACAAGAGAACUCUCUAGAUGGGAACUCUCUCCCGAGCUUUACCAGCACUGGCGUUACUGAUUCUGGCAGUCUUGGCAGCACUAUACCACAGUCUCUUCGCAAAGUCACGAGAGGAGAUGUGACCAUGAUAGUAGGGGGAGAGAAGAACUCGAGCAGUGCCAUUUGCCUUAGAGGAGGACGAGUGUUGAGUCGCUUUUCCGUUUGCAACACCAACGGUGCUCAAGAUGUCCGCUCUUCUCCCCUAGGGUUCAUUGUGUUUUGUAGGAGAGGGCAGAUAAAGUUGUUCAAUGCUAUUACCUGUCAACCAAUGAACUCUCUUCCUUUAAGACCCUACUCCACCCUAGCUGUCCUCUCCUCUCCAGAUAAUGUCACCUUCACUGCCUACAUCACUAGACAUGGGAAUCUAGUGAGAUAUGAAUUUAAAGGAGGAUCGAUUACCCUCUACACACAAAGUGACAUAGCAAGCACCUUCGGGACAUGCUCCGUUGAAUGGUCUCCUCGUACAUACAACGACACGCACUUUAUUUUUGAGUGCCCGUCCAGCAACUUGAGAUACUUAGUUGAUGGCUUUAUCAGUAAUUCCAAUAAAGAGGCACCAGCUGGAUUGUUGUCCAUCAACACCGGAGAAGACGAGGCUGUUGUCAUAACUGGAGACCAUUCCCUUAGUUUUUAUUGGAAAGGAUUCAAUUCUCGGUGUAGGAUUAAUGUCCCUCAGAGUACAUCGUUACUGACUGACCCGACUACCAUAGACUUCGGUAAGAAUAAUGGUCAAACUGUUAUUUUCUUAUUUAACAAUUACAAUACGUUUGUGUAUGAUACUAGUCGUGGAUGCAAGGAUGAGUAUUUACAGAGGCUAAACGUGACAUAUCCUUGUGUCACAGGUAAAUGUGAUGGAUACUACAUAGUUGAGGAUGGCCCAUAUUUUGUAGCCGUAAACAAUAGAUCAUCAAAGCUCACCCUUGAUCUAUUUUAUUUCAAUGAUGCUACAGCUGCUCCUCACACAAUAACUAAUCUUCAAGAGUUACCGGACGUUUUGAAUGUGAACAAGUCACAAGUACACAACACCAGUCCACAGGUCAUCAGUAUAAUCACGGAUACAAUGAUUUCAUCUCAAACGAUUACAAGUACUACUAGUACAAUAGAAUCCUCAAGUUCUCCUUCUCUUUUAAUCACUUCUCCUUCAACAACUAGUUCUACAUUAUCUUCCUCUCCCUCGCCAACUCUUUCCCCUCAAACUGAGGUGUCGCAUCACCUUUAUGUUGGAUCUGCCAUUGCUUUAGCUUUUGUUGUUAUUAUUAUCAGUAUUAUAAUUGUAGCUGCUAUAUGUGUGAUUAAUCAUCAGAAGCACAAGAAGUCUCAAAAUCCUGCAAGUGUAAGUAUAACCACCGACUCUGCCUCUAAUCCUUCUACAAGAUCGUGUUCAGUAGAACCCAUUGAUGUUUAUGUGACUGAAGCUGAGCCCAGGCAGGAGUCCGGAUUGACAGCAAUACCAAUCCCUGCUUUACCCAGUAUAACAAUCUCUGCUUCGCCCAGUAUAAAUAGUUUUAGUGAUGGCUAUAAAAGACCGACAGCUGAAGAAUCAAACCCAGACCCAGCCAGCCUGGUUUAGACUAACCAAUGAUAUAGCACUCAUCAUGCAUCAUUCCUU